UGUGCGUUUGGUAGCUUCGUGCUUCUCGGUUUUCCCGUACCGCCACCCGGUCCCGCCCGGCUGCCCGCGCGCACUUCGCAUCCUGCAGACGCCCGAGGUGCUCGGGCUGGGAGACUGAGACCCCGGCAUCCGCAGCAGCGUUCGCGGCGGCACUUGCGGAGAUGGCCGGGAAGAAGGCGCGUAAGAACGCGCAACCGAGCCCCGCGCGCACUGAGCUGGAAGAGGAGUGUGCUGCUCAGCUCAGGAGACUGGGAGACAAACUGAAUUUUCGGCAGAAACUUCUGAAUCUGAUAACCAAAUUCUUCUGCUCAGGAACCUGACUGCAACAAAAACUUGUGCAUAAGGGGACUCCUUCGAAAGGGAAGUUUCCCACAAUAGGUGCAAGUGGUACAAAUUUCAUAAAUUCGAAGAGAGGUCUCAUUGCAUGUAAUUGAGAGGAGUGAAAAGGAGCAUUCACUUGCUGUGGAUGCCCUUGAGAAGUGAAGAUGGAAUACCUCAGAAGAAUUUCUGUGGGGGGGGUUUUCAUAUGUCAUUUUUGGGGCUGUGAGAACAUUGUAGAACUACUUUGUUUAUUUGAAAACAACACUUUUUAGUUAGAGAAUUAUUCUGUUAUUUUUGCUGAAGGUCAUUGCCCAGCCUGGUAUAAAAGGAGUUGAAAAUAACAUUAAGGCUGAAAGAAAUAGUUCAGUGUCGGGUUUUUUUUUGUUUUUGUUUUUUUACUU